GGUGUUGAGUCCAUAACUCGUCCUUCAAUUCAUUUCAUUCCUUUCUUACACAAUUGAAACAGCUUCCUUCUUCCAAUUCUCCUUCUUCUCUUCUCUGUUCUCUCCAAUGGAAAAUCAACUCAACAAAGAACUCAACCUUCUCCCACCACCUCGUUCCGAUUCAUCCCUCCUCCGUUUCCGAUCAUCCUCAAAAACCGAUCACAGAGCUCCAUCACUUGACCUCCAGCUCUCAAUCAGCGUCGGUCCGCCAUCCAUGCUAAUACACGACGGCGUAGAGACGCUGAAAUGGGAAGCGGCGGAGCAAAUCCGGCUCGCCGCGAUGGAAAAGGCGUACGCCGAGAGAGUUAGGGAGUUAACACGGAGGGAGAUGGAAAUGGCACAGUCGGAGUUCGCACGUGCGCGACAAAUGUGGGAACGUGCGAGAGAAGAAGUUGAAAGAGCUGAGAGGAUCAAAGAAAGAGCAACGAGACAGGUUGAUUCCGCUUGUAUGGAGAUUACCUGUCAUUCUUGUAGGCAGAGAUUCAGACCAGCUUCCGUCUAAACUCUAAUAUUAAUCUCUCGAGUCAGAUAAGACUGCAAUCAGUUCAAAGCUUUGUUCUCCUUUCCCUCUUUUGAUUCUCUUAACAUAUCUUUGUUUAGGAAAAAAUAACUCGAUCAAUAUUUUAAUUAAUUAACAAGUUUUUUUUUUUUUUUUGGUUUGGAUUGUGAUGUACUGGACCCAUAUGGUUUGUGUGAAAUAAUUAGUUAAUUAAUUAAUUGGGUGAUUGAGUUAGUUACUUAUAAGUGCCGUGUUGUAUAUGUAAACGUUUCAUCUUAAUUUGGUUCAUUUUGAUA